CUUGAAUGCCAUGCGGGUAUUGUGGAUAUCAUUGGGGUAACAUCGUCCGAUUUUCUUUCGUGUCCGUGCUUUCUUUGUCCUCACUAGAGGAAUGUUACUAAAUCUCUCUAUCAUAAAUGGUCCGGACCUUGAAGCUUCCAACACAGUACUAGUCUGAAUCCUAACUUGCUGUAGCGGGCAUGACUCGGUCUCUUCGGUGAGACUCUUGGUCUUGCUUCAUCCAUCGUACAGCUAACUUUCCACCCGUAAUGCAUUGCACAUCGAGCUUGGAUAACUUGGUCGACGAUAUCGUCAUACGAAUCUUCCAGACCUUGUCUGUGCGAGAAAUAUUGACGCUGAGACGGACCUCCAAACGAUAUUAUUUCCUGUCUAGAUUUCGCAGCGUUUGGUAUGCGGCAUUCUGUACUGAAGUAUUGGCCCGUCACCUUCCGCCCCCUGGCCCUUCGUGCUCUCUCCGUGCUCUGAAUUCUGCAGAUCUAGAGCAUCGCACAUUAUUGGCUCUUUCCCUCGAGAAACGUUGGUCACGAUCCACGCCCAAUGUUAUUGCCUCGAGCAGACAACGAGAGACCGUAGACCAGAUCCUGCUUAUCCCUGGUGGAACGCAGAUCUUGACCGUCCAUGGAAAUAAAGUGAUAUAUUGGCUCAUCUCUGGGCAGAGAGGGGCCACAUACAAGCUCCAAAAGGUUGAAGAGUGGUUGUCACCGAGUGAUGAUGCUUGUAUAGUCGCGAAGGAUACCGAGGGCCAGGGAAUCAUUGCCAUCGGUUGCAGAGACCAACCAAAUAAGCAUGCCACUAUAUUCUCUCUCGCAUUGAAGCCUGCCCUCAGCAAGCUAUGUGAUUACUCCCUCAUCCCUGGUACCGUCGCAGGGAUAUCGCGACACCUCCUUUUUUUAGAUACGACGUCAGAGCAGGACGGUGGCGGUCUUGAGCUCUUAGAUUGGCAUGCCCAAACGGAAGGUACUGCCCUGCUCCCGUGUAUACCCAAUCUGUUUGGUCCAUUUCUAGGCUUCGUUCAUUUCUCCGACCAUAUACUUGUAUCAUGGGAGACAUGCAUUAGCGUAUUUCCGGUGCCUGAAAUACCAGCCCAGGGACGGAUGGUGGUUGCCCAUACCAAGGUGUUCAUAUUUUCUGAGCCCAUCAGCUCACCUGUCGCCUUCACAACUUGUGUCCCUCGAGGUUGGACCGGUAUAGAUGCGCCGGCGUACCCAUCAUCCCAGGAGAUGCCUUCCCUCACGAUCGCUGCGCGUCCCAAGGGCAAGUUGGGCAGGAUUGCUAUGUCGAUGCUUAUUCCGCUGAGCAACGAUAAUGGGGCAAAGCAUCCGUCCAGUUUUCCAUAUCAGCUUCUCCGACUACCUCCAUUUGUUCCCGAUGUGCCGGGAGAUACAGACAGGAGCAUAGGGGGGCAGGAAUGCACGCAAAUAUGCAUGGGAUCGUCUGGGCGCGGGCUGUGCGUCUUUGGUCGGGGGGUCCGACUGUGCGAGCCAAGCCUGUUGUAUAUUCCCCCUCGUGAGAUGCAGUUUGGCCCUGCCUUCGAGACGGGCAAGGCCAUAUAUGAGAUUGAACCUGGUGGCGACAGUGUUUGUGGAGACAGGGUAGAUUUCGACGAGGGAAUGGGACGGUUAGUAGUUGCGAAGGGAAGCGGGGGCUUUGACGUGGUCCAACUACUGUAGCCGAUCGUGCGACGUCCCUC